AGAUAGGUUCUCUGUUUGGGGACCAAGAGAAGAAGCCCGGCCACCCACAUAUGGGUGAUGAACAUGGCUUCCUUCGGUGGGGUGGUUGUGACAGUUCUGCUGCCGGCUUCUCCUUCUUUAUGUAUUAGGUGAGCUUUGGUUGAAGAAAGCUCUGAAUCAUGUUUUUGGCUCCAUCGCAACCCAUGGAAUCGGAUGCACGUACUCGCUGUGUCAUGUUAAGAUAGCUCACCUUCCUUGCUCACUCACACAUGGUGAUCGAUCUCAGACUCCGACGGCGUACUCUGUCAGUGCAGGUUCCAGAAUGGGUUUCAUGACGAAGCACUUCCUUUUGCUUGCGUUGUCCCUAUCAACGUGGAGCUUCGUGGCGAUGAUCGCAUGCGGAGGCACCCCCACGAGUACUGCUGCUCGUCUUCUCGCCAUCAAGUCCGACCUCAUCGACCCCGGAGGAGCCAUGGCGAGCUGGUCGCCAGGGCUUCCUGAUACGUGCAGCUGGAAUGGAGUCACGUGCUCGGAUGACCGGAAUCACGUCGUCGCUUUCAACUUGUCCGGCUACGGCCUCUCCGGCUCUGUCUCCUCCAAGUUCGCGGGUCUUGCGUUCCUUGAGACGCUCGACCUGUCUUCCAACUCCCUCGCCGGACCCAUCCCCCCUGAGAUCGGCAUGCUCAAGCGCCUCAGAGAACUGCUGCUCUUCUCCAACUCCCUCUCCGGCUUCAUCCCUCCCGAGAUCGGCCUUCUCACAGAUCUCAAGGUUCUGCGACUGGGAGACAACAUGUUGUCAGGGACGAUCCCUCCACAUCUCGGCAACUGCACUGGGUUGGAGGUUCUUGGCCUCGCCCAAUGCCAGUUGAACGGAAGCAUCCCCACCCAGAUUGGCCACUUGAACCGCCUCAAGACCCUCAACCUGCAGCAGAACUGGCUUACCGGUCGAACGCCUGGCGAACUCGGUGGCUGCAGUGCUCUCCAAGUUCUGUCCAUGGCGGACAACAUGCUCCAGGGGGAAAUCCCUUCGUCCAUUGGAAGACUGGCCUUCUUGCAGGUUCUUAAUCUGGCGAAUAACCAGUUCUCUGGUUCCAUUCCCACUGCUCUGGGUGGUCUUUCGAGCUUGAGCUACCUGAACUUGCUGGGUAACGCCCUCAAUGGCACCAUUCCUCCUCAGCUGAAUCGCUUGACUCUGCUGCGAAUCCUCGACCUGUCAAAGAACAACCUAUCCGACGCCAUCAGCAUCUCCACGAGGCAGCUGAAGAAUCUGCAGUACUUGGUCCUGUCGAACAAUCUCUUACAAGGCAACAUCUCCGGGGACCUCUGCGACGAGAGUUCAAGCUUGCAGAAUCUUUACCUCGCCGGAAACCACCUGUCGGGCACGAUCCAGGGGCUGAUGGAUUGCAUCUCGCUCCGCUCGCUCGAUCUCUCGAACAACAGCUUGAGCGGCGGGAUUCCGUCGGACAUCGAUCGCUUGACCAACCUCGUCGAUCUCGUGCUCCAUAACAACAGCUUGGUCGGGGGUUUACCGCCGCGGCUGGGAAACCUGAGCCACCUGCAGAUGCUGUCGCUCUUCCACAAUGGUCUCACAGGCAGCAUUCCGGCAGAGAUCGGCAAGUUGCAGAGGCUACAGCUCUUGUUCUUGUACGAGAACCAGAUGACCGGGAUCAUACCGCACGAAUUGACGAACUGUUCGAGCUUGGAAGAGCUCGAUUUCUUCGGGAACAGUUUCAGUGGGCCGAUCCCUGAGACGAUUGGGAAGCUCAAGAAUCUGGUAGUGCUUCAGCUGCGGCAGAAUGAUCUCUCAGGCCCCAUUCCUCCGAGCCUGGGCGACUGCAACAAGCUCCAGGCCUUGGCUUUGGCUGACAACCGGCUCUCGGGGACUCUUCCUCCGACCUUCCGAUUCCUCACCGAGUUGAACCUCAUCACGUUGUACAACAACUCGCUCGAGGGUCCGAUCCCAGACUCGUUGUUCUCCUCUCUCAAACAUCUCGCCAUCAUCAACCUGUCUCACAACAGGUUCACCGGGAGCAUCUCACCGCUCUUGGGCUCAAACGCUCUCGUCAAACUGGACUUGACCAACAAUGCGUUCUCCGGCGUGAUUCCUCCGACACUCGGUGAGUCAACAAACCUGGCCCGUCUUCGACUAGGCCACAACCUGUUGCAGGGCGGCAUCCCCUCCGAACUCAGCCGCCUUCGAUGGCUCGAUUUCCUCGACAUGUCCUCCAACAACCUCACCGGGGAAAUCCCCUCCGACCUCUCAAACUGCACCAGACUAACUCACCUCCUACUUGGAAAGAACAGGGUCACAGGUACCAUCCGUUCUUGGCUGGGAAACCUGCACUCUCUUGGAGAGCUUGACCUAUCAUGGAAUGAGCUCAGUGGACAGAUACCAGCAGAGAUCGGGAACUGCUCAGGGCUUCUUAAACUCUCUCUACAAGACAACCAUCUCUCGGGGAUGAUCCCACCGGAGCUCGGGAGGCUCACUUCGCUAAACGUUCUCAACCUGCAGCGGAAUAACCUCACCGGCACCAUACCUUCCGCAGUGCUUAUACACUGCAAGAAGCUCUAUGAACUGAGGCUCUCUGAGAACUCCUUGACUGGUUCGAUACCUUCGGAGAUCGGACAGCUGAUUGAGCUUCAGGUGAUGCUGGAUUUGAGCAGAAACCACUUGUCAGGAGACAUCCCUUCGUCUCUCGGAAAUCUUAUCAAGUUAGAGAGGCUUAACCUCUCUUUCAAUCAUCUCGACGGGCGAAUCCCUGCUUCUCUGGAGCAGCUCACCAGUCUCCAUCGACUCAAUCUAUCGAACAACCUUCUUUAUGGCCGGAUUCCCGCAGGGCUCUCGAGCUUCCCAGUUAGCUCCUUCACUGCAACCAAACUCUGCGGUGCACCACUGACUGCUUGUAUAACAAGAUCAUCAAGCUCUGACGUGAGUCGACUGUCCAAUGCAGCAGUGGCAGGCAUCAUAGUGGCGAUCGUAUCCAUUUCAGCUGUCGUCUGUGUGGUGUUGCUCUGCAUCAUCAUCAGGUUGUGGAGCAAAUGGAGAGAGGUCUCCGUCUCGAAUUCCGACGGCGAGGAGUGUAAAGAGAAGCAAGAGAGACGGGGCGGUGGUGGCGGUGACAGGUUCGAGAGUUACUGGAAGGUUGGUUCUACGUGCAUGGUUACUUCAUCAGAGAAGCAGAGCUCUACCUCUGAGACUAGCAUUCUCCAACAGAAGAUGGAAGUUGGUGGCUUGGACGAUUCAGGAUCGUGAACUGAUCACUUUUGAGAUCAUUCUAUUUGUGCUUGAUUUCUUCUUCUUCUUCUUCUUCUUACCGACUUGGAUGAUUCAGAAUCGUGAGCUGAUCACUUCUGAUAUCAUUCUAUCUGUGCUCGAUUUCUUCUUCUUCUUCUUGUUCUUCCUUCACGGUUUAACGCUUGCGAGACUUGUAACGUACAAAUGGUUUUAUUAAGGAGUGCAAAGGCCCAUUAAAGACA